AUGGAAGAUAUGGACAUGGUGACGCUGGGUGUGAACUGUGAGAAUGCGUAUUAUAACCACGAAAGCAAUCCUGAUGGUAACCCGCGAAGGGUAACAUACGCGGGAGACAGAAUUAUGUGCACACUCAUGACAGGAGCAUUAUAUUUCCUGAAUGGGUGGGGUACGCAGUCCGGCGGUUCGCACACUACCGACCCUAAUAAUGCAGCGUUGAAGGAAUAUAUAAGAUGCGCAAUA